AUGGCGCGCCAACAGGAAGAUCCCCAGGCCUCCGAAGCUCACGUAUCUCAGGCCUAUACGCCCGGCAUAGCUCCGCCCUCGCAGGCCAUUAACCAAUCACCGGCGAUGCCUUCUGCGGUGGCUCCAUCGCCGUCGAUUGUCAGCCAAUCACCGGCGGGGAGUGCGGUCGCCCCGCCCCCUCCCAUCGGUGGCCAAUCAACGGCAGCCUCAGGCUCCUCCCGACCGCUCUUGUGCUGUGAUGAACCUGGGUAUGACACUGGACCCGCCCAUGGCCCCGCUCACGGCUCCGCCCAUGACUAUGAUCAGCCUUCGUCCGCCCACAAGUAUAACCCGCCGCCCUUACUCAAGCUCCCGCACGUACAUCAACCGCCGCCCAUGGACAAGUACGAGCCCCUUCCGCCUCAGCCUAAGUAUGACCUGCAUCAGCCACGCCCUGACGACGACGAGGCGUUGGUGUACGCGCCGAGUGUGGGCGCGGAACAGCUUGGGGAACCGCCCCCUCCUAUGCCCGAGCCGCCCAUGCCCCUAGGCUACUUCAGCCACUACGCCCUGGACACUCACGGCAGCCUCGACGCCCACGACUCGCUCGACUACAGCGUCCUGGACGCGCUGCUCGAGGGAGCGUCGUACCCGCAGCCGGGCGAGUCGUCCGGGUCGCACGAGCAUUACCACGACUAUCCUCACUACUGA